UUCGCUCGUUCUCAGUUGUCGGUGAGGCCGGCGGGGCGGAUCCCACAGUAAAUUGAAAUUGAAAAUAAAGCAACACGGUUAACGUUUUAACUAUUUUUUAAUCCCCAUCUGAUUAAUUUUCAUCCCUGUGGACAUAUUGAGCAUAAAGAUGCCCUCGGCAACAAAUGGCAAUAAGACUGUCAAGUCUGCCAGCCUAGAAGUGGGACUCGCUCCUGCAUCAAUGGUCCAAAUCACAAGCAGUAAUCAACUAUCCGGUUCCCAGUCAGAAGCCAUGAAGCAAGUGUUAAGUGUCAUUGAAAAGAAAGUCCGCAAUAUGGAGAAAAAGAAGAGCAAGCUGGAUGAUUACCAGGCCCGAAACAACAAAGGAGAGCGUCUCAACCAGGACCAGCUUGAAGCCCUGUCUAAAUACCAGGAAGUGAUCAACAAUUUGGAGUUUGCCCGUGAGCUGCAUAAAAGUUUCCUAGCUUUGAGUCAAGAUGUAAGCAUCCAGAAGGCAGAGAAGAAGGCAGCACGACGUGAACAGCUUCUGCGCGAAGAGGCUGAGCAGGUGAUGCUCCGGAAGGUUCUGGAGCUGCAGUUCAUCCUGGACCGACUUGGGGAUGAGGGUGUGCGGCAGGAGCUUGUGCAGGUAACCAGCGUACCAGCACUCCUCACUGAGACUGACCUCGUUGCCCUGGAUGACUUCUACAAACUGGUGGGGCCAGAACGUGACCAAACCAUACGGUUAACCGACCAGUAUCAAGAAGCUUCACAGCAUUUAUGGGACCUCUUGGAAGGCAAGGACAAGGCUGUGGCAGGAACAACAUAUAAAGCCCUGAGGGAGAUUUUGGAGCAUGUGUUGCAGAGUGGCUAUUUUGAUCAAGUGCAGUCUCAUCAGAAUGGCGUGUGUACGGAGGAAGAGGAGAAGCAGACAGCCGUGGCAGAGUCCUCUGAGGCAGACGAGCAGCAGGCUGACACAGAAGGUGAAAUGACUGAAAGAUAUGCAGAGCCCAUUCUAAUGGAAGCUACAGAGUUUGUAAAUAGACAGUUCAUUCCAGAAACCUCAUACAGCAACGGUGAGAAGGAACAAGGAGACAAAUGGAGUGCGGAAAUUGAAGUGCCGAGUUCCCUUCAACAGCCGGAUCAGAUGACCCCCGUUAUUCCAGAGCCCCAUGCGGAAACCUCUGUGACCCCUACACCCUCCUCAGACCCCUUAGUCAGAAAACAGGUGGUUCAAGACCUCAUGGCACAGAUGCAGGGCCCUUACAAUUUCAUGCAGGACUCCAUGCUAGAAUUCGACGCUCAGCCAAUAGACCCGGCUAUCGUAUCGGCACAGCCUAUGAAGCCUACCAAGAGUAUGGAGAUGCCACAGAUGGUUUGCCCACCAGUUCAUCCAGAAUCCUGCCUUGCACCGUCUCCUACCAUACCUGUACAGCCUGAACCCACACAAGUUCCCAUUGUCCCCCCUGCCCCAGAGGCCUACUCCACACCACCUCCUAUGUUCCAGCCCACACUCCCAGCAGAGCCUCGGCCACAGGCCGAUUCCAUCGACCCCAUUCAGGCAUCCAUGUCGCUGGUGGAGCAGCCUCCUCCCUCUGCGGCUCUCUCUGGUCCCUCCCAGAACGCGCAGGUGUUCCAGCCAAGCUCCAAACCCAUCCACAGCAGCGGUAUCAACGUCAACGCAGCACCAUUCCAGUCCAUGCAAACGGUAUUCAAUCUUAAUGCACCUGUUCCACCAGCCAAUGAGGCUGAUUCUCUCAAGCAGAGCAGCCAGUAUACAGGCAGCUAUAGCCAGAGUUUUAGCAGCCAGACGCAGCACCCCGUGGAGCAGACAGACAUGCAGUCUGAGCAGCUCCAGGCUGUGGUUGGUGCUUUCCAAGACCAGUCUCUUCCCAGUUCCACAGGCCAGCAGUCGUUGUCUCAGCAGCCAGCAGGUCAGGGGAGCGCAUUUGGCCGGCAGACCCAGUCCUUCUACAACAGCCGUGCGUUGCCUCGUGGUGGGCCUCGCAACUCCCGGGGUAUGAUCAACGGUUACCGAGGACCAUCCAAUGGUUUCAGAGGAAGUUAUGAUGGUUACCGGCCAAACUUCUCUGGUGCUCCAAACUCUGGUUAUGGACAGGCUCAAUUCAAUACUGCUCGAGACUACUCGAACAGCAACUACCAGAGGGACGGUUACCAACAGAAUUAUAAGCGUGCCACUGGACAAGGUCCUCGAGGAGUCCCACGAGGAAAUGGCCAGGCCAUGCGGUCCUGAGAGACUUUUAUAGUGACUUGAUAUCUUGGGCUUAAGUGAACACUCGGUCAGAUAUGGAAAGUGCAUAUAUUCCAGCUCACACUUUCAUUUGUUUCCAUCAGUGGUAUUUUUCCUCCUGCCAUUUGAUCAAAACCUGCUUUGGCAUGAUUGAAAAAAAAAUAAUAAUGAAAAGGAUUCGUUUUCUGGACACAGAUUAAGCAAAUUAAAAAUGACACUGGCAGUACUUCAUUAACAUUCUGUGUAGUGUAGGAGUGCUAAAUCUCUAUCUGGAAAACCAUAGAUCAAGUCUAGUCCUGAACCUAAUUACUAUGUUUAUGGUAAUGUUCCUGUGAAAGAUUAGCAUAGUCAAGGACUAAGCUUAAUCUAGGUUAUCGCCCUAUGUUUAAAUGCGAGAGGACAUCAGUUGAAAAUUCACUGUCAAGGUUUUAAGAUGGCCUGUAAACUUGAUUUCGUAAAGAAUCGUUAAUUUAUUUUUUGUAAAAAAAUAAAAUAAAAACAAAAAGCAAAAUACCUGCCACUGCUGAUCUGAUCCCCGGAAAUACUGCUUUCUUUCCCAAUUUGUUUGGUCCCUUUAAAAUACAUUUUAAUUUUUAAAAACAAUUUUUGGUACAUUUUAAAGAAGCCCCCGCUCUUCAAUUUGUAUAUUGAUGUUGCUUUAAGAAUUUCAAUAAAGAUGUGUUGCAUAACACUUUGCUCUAA